AUGAUUAAACAAAGACUUGAGUGGUUUGUUGAAACCAAUAAUCUCCUUUCCAACUCCCAGUACGGUUUCAGAAAGGGCAAGAGCUCCUUAGAUAGCUUAGGUAUCCUUACAACUGACAUUAGAAUAGCACUCCUCAGAAAAGAACACCUUGUGGGAGUUUUUCUUAAUAUAGAAUCUGCAUAUGAUAAUGUUUCACUUCCCCUACUCAGGAGUAAACUCAACCAGCUGAGUAUCCCCGUGAAGUUAUCCCGUUUCAUAUGUAACAUGUUAAUGGAGAGAUCCAUCACUAUUAAAGGUCCAUCCUCUUACCUCCCUCCUAAGUCAGUUUGGAAAGGUUUACCUCAAGGCUCAGUCCUUAGUCCCCUUCUUUAUAAUCUGUAUACCCAUGACCUCAACAGUACCGUUACACCUUUCUGUCAGAUACUGCAAUAUGCAGAUGACAUUGUCCUGUAUUCUUCUGACAAGUCUAUACAAGAUUCAUCUAAUCAUUUAAAUAAUGCUCUUGAUUAUCUUUCUGAAUAUUUAACACAACAUGGACUGUCUCUAUCAACAUCUAAAAGUAAGGUAGUUUUAUUUACAAAUAAAAGAAUUCUUCCACCUAUUAAAAUUAAAAUUUAUGAUGUUGAUCUACCAAUUGUUAAUAAUGUUAAGUUUUUGGGUAUUUGGUUGGAUCACAAAUUAUCUGGCGUCAAGCAUUUUGAUUAUGUCUCACAGAAAUGUGAGAAAAAUAUUAAUAUUCUUCGCUCAUUGUCUGGUGUCUGGUGGGGAGCUCACCCCGUCACUCAAAAAUUACUAUACAAUGCCAUAAUUCGCACUCAUUUAGAUUAUGGCACUAUGUUCUUAAUCCCAGCAAACAAAGCAGGUCUAAAUAAAUUGGACAGAAUUCAGGCUAAAUGUUUACGUUUAGUAUUGGGAGCUAUGAAAUCCAGCCCUAUUAAUGCAAUGCAAGUAGAAUGUGUGGAUCCUCCCCUCUCACUACGUAGACAAUUCCUUGCCAAUAAAUUUUUCUUUAAACUAGCUGGCUGCCGAGCUCAUCCCUUACUCCAAAAAUCAGAACAAUUAGCUGUUUUAUACAAUGAUAAUAAUAUUGUACCUGAAGACAAAAGACCUUGCGUUAUAAAUAGUUACCUUUUAUUUUCUCAGCUCUCUAACCCUCUCUUUCAAUAUUCUAAAUUGCCUUUAUUUUCUAUGCCUUUCAAUGCUCUUACUUUCCAACCCUCAGUAAUUUUAGACUUAGGUGUUGAUAAGUUUUCUAUAGAAGCAAAUAAAACUUUUUCUCAUAUAAUGGACUCAGAUUUUCGACAUUGGUAUAAAAUCUACGCGGAUGCUUCAAAAACAGACAUGAGUCCGGUUGGGGCUGCAGUAUGGAUUCCCUCAACAAGAAUUAUACUGAGUUAUAGCUGCCCACCCACCACUUCUGUGUUUACAGGGGAAUCAAUCGCCAUUCUUGAAGCUAUUCUAUUUGUUAAGUCUCACAACAUGAACAAUUCUAUUAUCCUUUCAGACUCUAAAAGUUGCCUCCAAUCAAUUCUCUCAAAUCCGUUUAAGACAAAAAGUCAGUUUCCCAUCAUUCUCAAAAUAAGAGAAACUUUGAAAGAGUGCUAUGAACUCAAAAUUAACAUAGUUUUAGCUUGGAUUCCAGGUCACAUGGGCAUCUCUGGUAAUGAAAAUGCAGAUGCCUGUGCUAGAUCAGCUGCUCAUUCAGGUUCCUUUCAGUAUUCAGAAAUAUUCACUCAUGACUUGUGCUCUACCCUGAAACCCAAGAUGUAUGAGAGUUGGUCAAACAUUUGGCAAGUUUCCAAAACUUUAAAAGGCAAAUUUUAUGGAGAACUCCAACCAGAAAUUCCUCAAAAACCUUGGUUCUCAAAAUGUAGGAUUCAUAAUAAAACAAUAAUCUCAACUAUAUGCCGCUUACGUUUAAACCAUGCCUGCACUCCAGUCUUUCUAGCAAAACUUAGAAUUAGGGAUCAUUCUCUAUGUGAUUGUGGCCUUGAUGAGGGAAACAUGGAUCAUUUAUUCUUUAGUUGUCCCUUAAUGCGAUCUUCUCUGCACAAUUAUAUACCCGCUGAAGUCCCCCGUCCAACCUCCGUUAAAUGUCUCCUCUCCCUAGUUUACACUCCUUUUGUAAAUAUUUUGUGUAAAUAUAUUAAAAUAAAUAAGAUUAAGUUAUAUUAUUAGAAAAUUAAACUUUAUGUAAUCUGAACACCGAUUAUUACCGUUAAACUUAGAAGACACAUACUCAAAGCUUGGUAGUCUAAUCUAACGUGAUUCUGGCAAAUCUGUGGUAUAUCUUCCACAGAAGCCACAGUAG